AUAGCUGUAUGUAAGCCAAUCAAGUGUAUAAAAAUGAAGAAGAAAAAAAAGAGAGAAAAGAAGUAAUGUUCAUAAAUAAACUAUGAGAGGUUGAAAUCUUCUUUGGACAUACAUUUCUGAAAUCUGCCAAGUUACUUUCAUGGACUUCAAUGUGAAAAAGAAAAACCUUCGUCCUCUCCAACUCACACCGACCCCAUUCGCCGCAACUCUAUCUCUCACAUUUCAUUGAAAUUGGAAACUCACCUUGUAACUUGUGAGUAUCCCACAAUUUGUUUUUCCCCAUCUUUCACUAAACUUUUUUUUUUCUCUUAUUUCCUCGGGGAAAUCGAUACUUUUGCUUUGACGUGCUGUCGUCAAAAGUUAGCAACUUUCGCGGUAUUGGACGGUGGAUUUGUUCGUAGCUGUUGUGGGGUGGUGGCGUUUUGUGAUGCCAUGCCAGAGAAGGUUGUGAUUUCGCCCCAAUGGGCUCUGUGGUCCAUUCCAAUGCUUCAUUGGCGUGUUGGGUUGCUCACUGCUUUGGUUUUGGUUGGAAUGGUUGUGGUUUGGAGCAUCGAUGGUUGCACAGUCAAGAACAUCAUUCAAGCUUGGAGGUACCAACAAGAUUAUCUUGCUGUAAGGUCUCACACUCCUGAUUUCACUCUUCCGCUUCACAAUUUAACUUUUACUUUGGAUAAAAAAGACCAUUCAAGUCCUGUGUAUGAAAAGCUAGGCAAAGAGUCCCUUCUAGUUGAGGGGCACUCAAGUUGGGUUUCAAGUGAGUUAGAACCCAACCUUACUUCAAAUCUCAUAGCUAGAUGGUCAGCUCGUGGAGGUGAGCCUUGUAAAGAUUCCAAGGCUGUUGAGAUUUCAAUUCCUGGGUUGGAGGGUGAAAGCGUGUUGGAGUUAUCAGCUGGUGAUAUGCAUGAGUUUGGUUUCCAAGCACUAGAUGAUUCAGGGAAGCCUCUUUGUUUAGGUGGAGACUACUUUGAGGCCGAUCUUUCAGGGGAAUCAUGGAAAUCUAGGCCUUUGGUGAAGGAUUUCAGUAAUGGUUCUUACUCAAUUUCACUGCAGGUUCAUCCAGAUUUUGAUGGGGUUUACAAUCUUACAAUAAUCCUGCUUUAUAGACACUUUGAAGGUCUCAAAUUCACCCCUUGGAGGUUUUCCUAUGACCGAAUGCUGCGAAAUGUAGCAAUCAGGUUCUACAGAAAUGGUGUUCAGCUACCAGAACUGAAGGCUUGCAAGGCUUCUGAUUUUGGCAGGGAUGUGUGGAGUGGAAGGUGGACAAGGCAUGGAAAGAAUGAUGACUGCAACAUAGAAAAUGAUGGUAGGUACCGGUGCCUAGCGCCGGAUUUUCCUUGCAAUGCUCCUUGGUGUGAUGGUUCCUUGGGAAUUCUGGAGAGUAAUGGUUGGGUGUACUCAACUCACUGCUCAUUCAAGUUGUAUUCAGCCGAGUCUGCUUGGAAUUGCUUGAAGAACAGAUGGAUCUUCUUUUGGGGUGAUUCAAAUCAUGUUGACACAAUAAGGAACAUGCUCAACUUUGUUUUGGACUUGCCUGAGAUACAUGCUGUCCCUAGAAGGUUUGACAUGAACUUUUCCAACCCAAAAGAGCCUUCUCAAACAGUUAGGAUUACAAGCAUCUUCAAUGGGCAUUGGAAUGAGACACAAAACUAUCUGGGGCUGGAUUCUCUGAGAGAUGAAGGGUUUCAAGAUUUGUUAAGGAAAUACUUCUCAGAGGACACAAUUCCUGACACUGUGAUCAUGAACUCUGGCUUGCAUGAUGGCGUGCACUGGCGCAACAUAAGAGCAUUCUCUGCUGGAGCAGACUAUGCAGCAUCCUUUUGGGGUGAUGUUAUGAAGGCAGUGAGACAAAGGGGGUUGGCAUGGCCAAGAGUGUUUUACAGGACUACAGUUGCAACUGGUGGAUAUGCAAGGUCACUGGCAUUCAAUCCUAACAAGAUGGAGGUGUUCAAUGGUGUGUUGUUGGAGAAAUUGAAGCAAGCAGGAGUUGUGUCUGGUGUGAUCGAUAACUUUGAUAUGACAUUUCCAUGGCAUUUUGAUAACCGGUGUAAUGAUGGAGUUCACUAUGGAAGAGCUCCAGCAAAGAUGAAGUGGCGAGAUGGAGAAAUUGGACACCAAUAUUUUGUGGACCUUAUGUUGGCUCAUGUUCUUCUCAAUGCCUUGUGUGCAAGAUAGCAUUUGAAGCAAGUGUGUGCACAGCUUAUAGAAUAAUAAUGCAAAACUUUGCUUGCUUGAAGACUAUUGAGGUAGUGUCCUUUGUGAUUGGAUUGGACUCUUGCUGUUUCUAUAUAAAGUUAGGUUUGGCAUUCUUUCUUGCUCAUAUAUUUUUGUUAGUGAGUUAUGUAUACAUGAGUUUGUUCCACUUGUAGAUUAGCAGGGGAUUUUAACUCCCCAAAACACAUUUUACCAUCGAUUAUCAAUAGAUUAUUCAAAGGCUAUUCUUUGUGUUAA